CUACAGAGCGCAGCGCAUGGUCCUGUACUACGAAUGGGGCAGCACCACGGAGGCUUUGGCUGAUAAUGAUUUACGCACAGCUGUCCGCAGUGUAUUUGAUAGACUCGGCGAGAAAAAAAAGGUUCUUGUCGUGCCUCCAGAUUUUACACGAUUUAACUCCAAAGCAGGACUAUUGACGCAGCACACCUAUGAGUAUUAUGGCGAGGCACUAAAAGACAUCCUUCCUGCUUUGGGGACGCAUGAUCCCGUAUCAGGCCACCAGCGUGAGCGCAUGUUCGGCGCGGUGCCUGAAAGCCUCUUCCGCAUUCAUGACUGGCGCAACGACGUCAUCACCAUCGGGCAUGUACCUGCAGACAUGGUGCGGGCCGCGAGCGAUGGCAAGUUGGACCAACCGUGGCCGGCGCAACUGAACAAACUGAUGGUCGAAGGAGGGCAUGAUCUCAUCCUCUCUAUCGGGCAAGUGGUGCCCCAUGAGGUCCUCGGCAUGGCGAACUACAACAAAAACCUAUUUGUGGGAAUUGGCGGGGCGGAAGCCAUUAAUUUAAGCCAUUUCAUUGGGGCCGUAUACGGUAUGGAGAGGAUGAUGGGCGUGGCUGACAAUCCCUUGCGGCGCGUCCUGAACCACGCCUCGGAACAAUUUCUGGCCGGGGUCUAUCCGCUGAUAUACAUCCUCACCGUCAUCGGGCCUUCCGCCGAGGACCCUCGAGUCCUCCGAACCCGUGGCCUGUACAUCGGGGACGAUGCGGAAUGCUUUUUCAAAGCCGCCGCCCUCUCCAUUCAGGUAAAUUUUACGCUCUUGGAGAAACCGGUCAGGAAAGUGGUGGCAUUCUUGGACAAGGAGGAGUUUCAAUCCACCUGGUUAGGUAACAAGGCCAUUUAUCGUACCCGGAUGUUGAUUGAGGACGGCGGGGAGCUCCUGGUGCUGGCUCCUGGCGUGAGAAAAUUUGGCGAAGACGAAGCCAUCGACGCCCUCAUACGGUGAGAAAUACGGGUACCGCACUACUCCCGAGCUGAUGGCCUUCCUGGACGGCAACGACGAGCUCCGGGGCAGCCUCUCCGCCAUCGCCCACCUUGUGCACGGUUCCAGCGAAAACCGUUUCAAAAUAACGUACGCCACCGACCCGAGCCAGGGUGGAUUAACGAAGGAGGAGGUGGAGGGAGUGGGGUACGCGUGGCGGGACUAUCGAGAAGCGAUCCGAGAAUUCGAUCCGCAGACGAUGACGGCGGGUGUCAAUCGUGUCCAAAAGAAAAGGGAGGAGGGAAGCGAAGGGAGGAAGGAGGAGGAGGACGAGGUGUACUUUGUGCAGGCCCCUGCGCUAGGUCUGUGGGCGGCGAAGACUAGAUUCCAACGCGAACUAGGACAGGAGGGAAGGAACGAGGGAGGGGCGGAGGGAGGGGCGGAGGGAGGGGCGGAGGGAGG